UUGUUUUGUUACUUUGUUUUGCUAGUAGCAAUGAGAUUGAGAGAAUACUUGGUGACAACGCGGAAGCAGGACGUCUCGGUGAUAGCACCCACCCUCUGCAAAGUCGGCUCUGUCAGAGGAAAGGAGGCGCUUCCUGUUAUUCCGAUUCAAAUCUCAGGCUGGUCAGGAGGAAACGGGGAGCUGUGCAGAGUGGCAGGGUGCACCAAGAUGGAUGGCCAAUGUCUCCCCUUGCUGCUGCUUCUGCUGGUCUUUACAGCAGCUAUUAGGCUUGAUGCUCAUCCUGGGACCACAGUGACUCCCCGCAAUACCAACGUCUCUCUGGAAGGAGGACCAAAUGCUACAGCUCUGGGCCAUUACCCGGAGAGAAACAUAACCACACAUUAUGUUUAUAGUAUCUAUGCAGAAUUUUGCUGGAGUAUCUUUGCUCACCAGAUGGCCAAUAUCAGCAAAGCUCACUGGUGUGAAUGGAGGGUCAUUGGCAGGCCAUACCAUGACCUGCGAAAGUGCCUGGAAGGCUGGGCAGAACACCUGAAGUAUGUUUACCCCAAUGCCUUGGCCGAGGACUACACCAUCCUAAGCCACAGCAUAUACUUCCUCAACUGCAGCCUGGAGAAUCCAACUCUCCUGGACCCCCCUGAGAAUGUUUUGCUGGCUCUUAUCAUAACCCCCAUCUGCCUCAUCCCUUUCUUGGUAACUCUGGUCGUUUUGAAGAGCAAGGAUGGUGAGAUGCAGUCGUGAGAGCCCGGCCUUCCUGUAGUGAUGCUGUAGUGCCCACAUGGCCUAGCACCUUUCAAUGCUGUUACAAUCCUCAUCUCUUGAUUAUCAUGGGAUUGGCCCCUCCCACUCUGAGACCACACCCUGGGGUGAGCCACUGCACUUGAGAUUCAUCUUGAGAGUCUGAAUAGUAAAAGUAUUGCGGCAUUUUACAAGUUGUACCAAAAGAGGAGGUGGGGGGGGGGGGAGCUGAAUCUUUCUCACAGAACCAAAUGUUGUCACAUGUGUACAGCUGACUCAAACCAUUUUUUAAUGUGGCUUAACUGUCACAUCUCAUUCUGAAGGAAUUCUGGGAAUUGUAGUGCUGCUGAAAAUUCUCAGUGGGAACUCCCUAGACUCUUGACAGAAUUGGUUUCCAGAGUUCUGUGGGGGAGAAGCCACAACGGUUAAAGAUUAUACAAUAUAUAUGAGUAGUCCAAACAUAUGUCAGUCCUUCUCCUUUAAAGUAGCAACACUCUGAGUGCUUGUGUAAGCAUUUCUCUCUGCACCCAACAUCCCCUCCCAGCUUUGGAGCUUCCCUCCACCCAACCUCCCCCCCCCCCUGCAGCUUUGCAGCGGUCUGUGUACAUGAGUCCAUGUAUAUUGACUCCAUAAACCAAUAAAGCUGUAUAUUUCCAUACAUGAUAUAA